CUUAUCUCUUUAACUUUAGAAAACAGAAAAACCAAAAAAACAAAACAUGGACAACCUUAGCCAAAAUGAAACCUCACAAACAUGCCCUCAUCAAUGUUGUUGCAAUGUCUCAAUUUUCAACUCACCAAAUUCACAAAACACAAAACCAAAACACAGAAACAGUUCAUCAGAAUGUCGUCGCACUUUCGCAUCAUCGACGACAUCCUCAGUCUUUCCAAACACUCAUUUCACAAACCAUGAAUCUCUUCCAUCAUUUCAAGAAUCAUUCAAUGAAUUCAAUAAAGUGUAUCCUCAAUAUUCUGAGACAGAAAAAGUUGAUCAUGUUAGAGAUAAAGAAUAUUCUCAUCUUUCAUUUUCAAACCAUACUUGUCUUGAUUAUAUUGGUAUUGGUCUUUUUUCUUACUCUCAAAUGCAACAAUAUCAUGAUACAUCAAAAUCAACUCAUCGAAAAACACAAGAAUCUCUACCGCAGUUUUCUGAUAUGCCGUUUUUUAGUAUAUCCUGCAAAACAGGAAAUUUGAAGACUUUGCUUCUUCAUGGUGGAAAAGAUUCCGAAUUUGAGUCAGCAAUGAGAAAAAGAAUCAUGAAUUAUCUUAACAUAUCGGAAAACGAUUACUUCAUGGUUUUCACUGCUAAUAGAACAUCGGCUUUCAAACUUGUAGCAGAUUGUUACAAUUUUCAAAAAAGUAGAAAGCUUUUAACAGUUUAUGACCAUGAAAGUGAAGCUGUGGAAGCGAUGAUUAGCUCGUCCGAAAAACGAGGAGCAAAAGCUAUGUCAGCAGAGUUUUCAUGGCCAAGGCUGAGAAUUCAAUCAACAAAGUUGAGGAAAAUGAUUGUAAGUAAGAGAAAGAAGAAGAAAAAUAAGGGUCUUUUUGUUUUGCCACUUCAUUCAAGAGUAACAGGAGCAAGAUAUCCUUAUAUUUGGAUAAGUAUAGCGAAAGAGAAUGGUUGGAAUGUUUUGGUUGAUGCAUGUGCAUUAGGACCGAAAGACAUGGAUUGUUUUGGUCUUUCACUUUUUCAACCAGAUUUUCUUAUAUGUUCUUGUUAUAAAGUUUUUGGAGAAAACCCUUCUGGAUUUGGUUGCCUUUUUAUCAAGAAAAGUGCUACGUCGAUUUUGGAAACAAAUUCUUCUGUAGGAAUAGUGAACCUUGUGCAAGAAAAAAAGCAGCAAGAUUCGAUACUUACCUUACAUUUAGACGAAGAAGAACCAUUUUAUAUGACAUCUUUGUCUAGUAUGAUACAAACAUCGCAACCUGCAAAAUUCGUAGAAGGAGAAUCUUCUGAGAUUAAGAUCGUAGAGGCACCAAGUGUGUCAAAACCAUCUGAAAUUUGUGAAAUUGAGGAGGUGGAAAAGCAAGUUCAAAUCCAUGAAAAGGGUGUUAAAGAAAGUGAUAAAAAUGAACACUUUGAUAUUGAAUGUAGGUGCUUAGAUCAAGUGGAUUCUUUAGGAUUGUUACUGAUCAAUGAUCGCGCGAGGUACUUGAUAAACUGGUUGGUGAAUUCGAUGUUGAAGCUUAAGCAUCCUAACACAGAAGGGGUUUCUCUAGUGACGAUUUAUGGUCCAAAAGUAAAAUUUGAUAGAGGACCUGCAAUUGCAUUCAAUAUAUUUGAUUGGAAAGGCGAAAAAGUUGAACCUGUUCUUGUGCAAAAACUCGCUGAUAGAAGUAAUAUUUCUAUUAGUUACGGAUUGUUGCAUCAUAUAUGGUUUGCAGAUAAGUAUGCCGAUGAAAAGGGAAGAGUUCUAAAGGAGAACAAAAAGAAAGAUAACGAAAAAGUUGGAAUAACUGUUGUUACUGCUGCAUUAGGUUUUUUGGCUAAUUUUGAUGAUAUCUAUAAGCUUUGGUGUUUUGUUGCUAGGUUUCUCGAUGCUGAUUUUGUCGAGAAGGAGAGGUGGAGAUAUACUGCUCUGAAUCAGAAAACUGUUGAAGUAUAGCGGCGCUUUAGGCAUAUUGCUAUUGUUCCGCGAUAUACUAUUUGCUACAGACUGUAGUGAAAUAGCAGCUGUUAUGGCGCUAUAGCUCUGUAGCGAGUGGAAUAUGAACAAGACGUUGUUUUCUGGGUUCAGCGAUUCGCAACAUUUUGUUAAGUUCCGUUAUGUUUCAUUCAUUUUUCUGUACUUUGUGAAUUUGGCUGAAAUUUCAUGUAUAUGGAAAUUUGAUUUUCCAAUGACCCUAAUAAAUCAUUCAUUCAUUUGUUUAAUGAGUUCA